AUGAUAAUAGGAUUAAUAAAUGGAAUUUUAUCUCUAAUUACAUUUAACAAUAAAGUUAUAUGCAAAGUUGGUUGUGGUUUGUAUUUAUUAGGUUCAUCAAUAACUACUUUAUUGAUAACAAUUAUAUUUACCUCAAAGUUUUAUAUACUUCUUCUUGCACAAAUGAUAAUUAUAUCAAAUCAAUUAUUUUUAAAAAUUCAAUGUUUAUCUCUUGAUUUUCUUUUACGAGUUUGUCUUAAUAUGGAUCAAUGGUUAAAUACUUGUGUUGCUAUUGAACGAGCAAUUACAAUAAAAGCAGCUAUUCAUUUUGAUAAGAAAAAAAGCAAACAAACAGCUAAAAUAGUUAUUGUUAUUCUUCUGAUUUUCAUUGUUAGUACUAAUAUUUAUGACCCUAUUUAUCGACGUUUAAUUGAUGAAGAAAUUGAAGAUGAUAAACGAUUAUGGUGUAUUGCAUUGUAUUCAUCUAAUUUACAAUUAUUCAAUUUUAUUGUUCAUACAUUUCAUUUUUUAGCUCCAUUUGCCAUUAAUCUUAUAUCAACUAUUAUUCUUAUAACAAAGAUAUCUCGUCAACAAUCAAAUGUUCAUCCUAAUCAAACUUAUGUAGAACAUUUAAAAAAACAAAUUCAAGAACAUAAACAUUUAUUUACUGCUCCUGUUAUGUUAGUUAUUCUUGCAACACCACGUUUAAUUAUUUCAUUUGUAUCAAAAUGUAUGAAAUCAACAAAUGAUGCAUGGUUAUUUCUUAUUGGAUAUUUUAUUUCAUUUAUUCCACCUAUGUUUACAUUUGUUAUAUUUGUAUUACCAUCAGCAUCUUACAAAGAAGAACUUCAUAAAUCUAUAAUCGCUUUUCGAACUAAACUACGACGAAAUUUACAACAGUUUAUAUAA